AUGGAGAAGGUCAGUGUGAAUGGAUUUGGUCGUACCAAGGCUGCCUUCUCAUCUGUAUCUGGCAAAGUGGAGAUUGCUGUCAUCAACAACCCCUCCAUUGACCUCAACUACAUGGUAUACAUGUUCCAUUAUAACUCUACCUAUGGCAAGUUCAGUGGCACAGUCAAGACUGAGAAUGGGAAGCAGGCAUCUGAGGGCCCACUAAAGGGCAUCCUGAGCUACACUGAGAACCAGGUUGCCUCCUGUGGCUUCAACAGCAACUCCCACUCCUCCACCAUAUAUGUUGGGGCUGGCAUUGCUCUCAAUGACAGCUUUGUAAAGCUCAUUUCCUGGUAUGACAGUGAAUAUGGAUAUAGCAAUAGGGUGUUGGACCUCAUGGCUUGCAUGACCUCCAAGGAAUAA